AUGAAUCCAUCAAGUUCAUCUGAAUUUUCAUCUGAUCAUUAUUUCAAAACUCAAUCACCUCCACCCACUUUAUCGGAAGAAAUCAAUCGAGUCAAGCAAUUUGUUUUACAUCAUGUUCAGGAAGAUCGUAGGGUGGUCUUGAUCACCAGUGGUGGUACAACUGUUCCACUUGAACAUAACGUGGUCAGAUUCCUUGACAAUUUCUCGGCCGGUACUCGAGGUUCAGCAUCCGCAGAAUAUUUCCUUCGUAGCAAUCGAUAUGCCGUGAUCUUUCUAUACCGAUCACAUUCACUCCAACCUUUCAGUCGAUGUUAUUCUCAUUCGACUCAUCCAUUUCUUGAUCUACUUCAUCUACCACACGAAACUAACCUUCCUACGGGUCCGGCCACCAUCAGUGUGACUGAUAGCGAGAUGGCUCCGUUGGCGGCUGUUCUGAGGGCUUACCAUACCGUACGCGAGAAGAACUUGCUUCUGACUAUUCCCUUUGUCACCGUCAAUGAAUAUCUUUGGUUGUUGAGAUCGGUGGCAAGAGUGAUGGGAGAGCCUUCGGUGGGUUUAGGUCGUUCUGCUUUACUUUAUUUGGCGGCAGCCGUAUCAGACUUUUUCAUACCUGAACAAAAACUCUCAGAACACAAGAUUCAAAGUGGAAAAGGAUCACUAGUACUCGAAAUGGAUGCAGUACCCAAAGUAUUGAAAGAUCUUGCUCAAGAAUGGACCAAUCAGGCCUACACAGUCUCUUUCAAACUUGAAACAGAUCAAAGCUUAUUGAUACCUAAAGCUCAAGCAGCAUUAGAACGAUAUGGACAUCAAUUAGUGAUAGCCAACGAAUUACAUACACGUAAACAUCAAGUUAUCUUUGUGAUGAAGAAUGGACAGAUUGAAAGGAUUGGAUUGCCUCAGUUUAGUUCGGUUCCGGUGGUUGGUACUAAUCCAGAAGGUAGAGAUCAAGUUGAAAUUGAAGAUCAGAUUGUGGAAAGAUUGAUCAUUAGACAUGAUCAAUGGAUCUCACUUCAAUAG